AUGGAUAUCUCAAAGUCUGAGACCUAUCGCGAGUUCGAUAGGACGUCGAUGGAUAAGCACUGCGACCUCGACAGAGACGAUGCCUCUUCGAUACGUUCCGAGGCGCUGGGAGACGAUCUGCCUCCCGGUUACUACUAUUCUCCUCGAUUCCUCGGUGCUAUGGCGGGAUUCUGUCUCUCGGCAACCUCGGCUUACCUCUUUUUGAUCUUGCCGACCAACGUGUUGACGUUUAUCAAUGCCGAUAUUGGGCCGAGUCCGUAUAUCUCCUGGGUCAAUAUUGCCAGGACGUUAUCGCUGUCUUUCACGUACACGAUCCUCGGCCGACUGUCAGAUCUUUUCGGUAGACGCUGGUUCUUCAUCGGCGGCAACGUCGUCGCCUUUUUCGGCGUCAUCAUCUGCGCUGUCGCACGCAACGUCGAGACUCUCAUCGUUGGCGCCGCAGUGUAUGGCCUGGGCGAGACGGUUCAGCUCAGUUUUAACGUUGCUGUCGGCGAACUGGUUCCCAACAAGUAUCGACCGAUGGUAUUGUCCCUGAUCUUCCUAACCAACGCGCCUGUUUCGGCAUUCGGUCCUUUCAUUGCCCGGGGGUUUGUGAAGAACCCAAAUCUCAGCUGGAGAUGGUGCUUCUACAUCAAUAUCAUUACCAUUGGUCUUGCCAUCGUUCUGCUAUACCUGUUUUACCACCCGCCCACUUUUGAGCUUCUUCAUGCCCGAAAGACAAAGCGUCAACUGCUCAAAGAACUUGACUACAUUGGGAUCUUCCUCUGGACUACUGGCCUGACUCUUCUAUUGUUGGGUGUUUCUUGGGGAGGGGUGAUGUUCCCAUGGGGCUCGCCAGCGACCAUCUCGAGCUUGACCAUAGGUACCGCACUUCUUGUGGCACUCUUCUGCUGGGAAGCGUUCGCCGACCUCAAGUAUCCUGCUAUUCCUGUCAAAUUCUUUUCCAACCGGGGCUUCAUGUCACUCGUCUGCUGCGCGACGGUUGCCACCAUGUUCUACUACUCUGCCGUGCUCCUCUGGCCGCAACAAGUUCAGGCGCUUUACACAACAGACAUCACCUACGGCGGUUGGCUUUCGUCAACGGUGGCGAGUUCGACAGCACUUGGCCAAGUUUGUGCUGGGGGGAUCAUCAAAUGGGGAGGCAACGUCCGGUAUUGGAUCAUCUUCGCGACGUUUGCCAUGGUUGGUUUUGUCGGUGCCCUCGCGUCUCUGACACCCGAGACGCUGAACCUCGGCAUUGGCCUCACGAUCUUGGGGCCCUUUUUCGUCGGCUUCAUCGAACUCACAUCCCUUGCUCUGGCCCCCCUGUUCUGCAAGCCCUCAGACAUUGGCCUUGCGUCGGGUCUCUUGGCCUCGAUCCGCUCUGCUGGCGGUUCGAUCGCCGUUGCCGUCUACACGACCAUCUUGUCCAACCGUCUCGCAACUGAGAUUCCCGCAGCCAUUAAUGGGCCAGCUAUUGCUGCCGGCCUGUCCCAGGGUCAGCUUCCAGCUCUUGCCAAGGCGGCGCAGGCAGGGAAACUGGCAGCCUUUCCCGGCUUGACCAGCGCCGUGAAAGCUGCUGUGGUGAGAGUAUUGCCCAGCGCCUACACAAAGGCCUUUGAGACUGUAUAUCUAGCAAGUCUGGGAUUUGGAGCUAUUGCCAUAGUCGGGUGUCUGUUCGCAAAAGACGCACAGAAGCACAUGACAAACAAGGUCGAGAGAAGGAUGGGCGAUGGGAAAAGUUCAUGA